GAUACCUAUUAAAAUAUGGCCGCCGUGAGGUAAACAAGCUUCUGUGUGCAGAUACAUUUACAUUAUUAUCAGCUUUAUUACGAAAAGCCUUCUCGAAGAAUUGCAACUUAAAGGAGUACGAAGUUUCCUCUCGGAAACGUGAAUUUGUUAGUUUCUUUUUCGAUUGUGCAGUGUUGUGCUUAGUGCAGAUAUUUUGGUGAGAAACAUUUUCAGGCGUCAAAAGAUGCCUGCUUUUUGCUGUGUAAUAAACUGUAGUUCUAAUUCAAAAAGAGACAGAGUGAAGUUUUUUCGCAUUCCAAAAAUUCUUAGCUUCAAACACAGGACGGACCUGAAUGAAUUAUCUGCUGUAAGGAAGAAAAGAUGGCUUGACGCAAUAAAUCGAGAAGAUUUUACAGAAGACAGAUUGAAAAAUGCUCGAAUUUGUUCGAAACAUUUCAUAACAGGUAAACCUGCGAGUUUAGAGGAUAACUUGAAUCUAGAUUGGGUACCUUCAGUUAAUAUGGGUUAUUUAUUAGGAGAUUUAUCUACAAAUGUAGAUUCUGGAAAGAGGAAAAAUAAAAAGAAAGUUAAAAUACAAAAUAAAGCUGAAGUGGUACCAAGUUUAGCGGAUCAACAAAUGGAAACCGAUGAACAGAAAAAUCAAAUCGAAGAGAACAAUUUAUUCAAAAAUCAGAUCUGUCAAACUGACAUUGAUGCUGAAGAAUUAAGUUUGUUAUUUGUUAAACUCAGUACAUAUGAAGAUACAAUUAAAACGUUGAGGGAAAGGGCGAUGUGUGUUGAAAAUUUAGAAAACGACGACGAUAAAAUUAAAUAUUAUACAGGAUUACCCAAUUAUAAACUUUUCCAAAUUAUCUUGGAACUUACAAAAUCAUACAUACAAGGGAAUGUAAGUUUACCAGCGGAGGAUCAAAUCUUACUUACCCUCGUUAAAAUUAGAUUAAAUCUGGAUUUCGAAGAUAUCGGUUAUAGAUUUUUUGUGCAUUCAACAACUGCUUCUUCUUGUUUCGAAAACGUUAUUCACAUAAUGGCGAGAAGAUUCAAGAAUUUAAUUGUGUGGCCAAAGAGGUCGGUGCUACAGAAAACAACGCCUCAUUGCUUCAAACAGUCUUUUCAUAAUAAAACCACCGUGAUUAUAGAUUGUUUGGAAAUGAAAUGCGAAAGACCAUUUCACUUGAGGACACCAGUUGGAGCGUGGUCGAAUUACAAGCAUUCGGAAACAGUGAAGUAUUUAAUCGGAAUAACACCACGAGGUUCCAUCUGUUUUAUCACCGAAGGCUGGGCAGGCAGACCAUCAAUUAAACUAUUAACACAAAACCCAUCAUUCUUGAAUAAUUUGUAUCCUGGUGAUAUUGUUAUGGCCGAUAGGGGCUUAUUAACGAAAGAAUUUGUCGAAAUGUUCAAUGCUACAGUGAAAAUUCCUGCAUUCGCCAGAGGUGAAAAUCAGUUGGAUGCAAUAGAUUUGGAGGAAACUGAAGGAAUCGGACAAGUUCGUGAUCACGUAGAAAGAAUAAUUGGCGCAGUUCAACGAAAAUUCCGCAUCUUAGAUGGAAAGUUACCCGUAAUUUGUUCUGAAGGAGAUGAAGAUAAAAUUUUAUUGGAUGAAAUCGUUUUAGUCGCAAGUGCUCUAAUCAAUCUCUGUCCCCCGAUUAUUCCGGAUUAAUCUGGUUUGAACCUUAUAUUGAACCCAAUUGUUUUUGUCGACAGAUCGAUCAUCUUCAGUCACCAAAAAAGAUUUUCGAAAAAUAUUAUUAUUUCAUUCGAUUAUUAUUAUUAUUUGAAAAAACGUUGAAUAAAAUACGAUAUACAUACA